AUGAUUCAGCGAUCAGAAGUUGUGGAUAAUCUGCAGGAAGUCAAGUCGCCUAUCUCCACCGCUUCUUCUAGCAAUAUGGUAUGUUCUUCAAAGUAUUUUUACAUUAUUGGUAUUGGUUAAAGAUUAGAUUUGAGGUUUAUUAUUUGGUAAUUUGAUAGCUUUCUUUACAGUGUUCUCCAGCACAUUCACCAUCUACAUUAAGUUCACCUGAUGAUUCGGUAGACGAAAAGACUAGCAUAGAACACAGCUUUUCGACCGGUCGAUAUGAUAUUACAUCUAUUUUGGCAGGGAACAAAAAACAUGAUAGGUAAGUUUACCUUUCUUUGUUUAUAUCUUCUUUUUGACAUAACAUCUUAUUAGCAUACUUUUGUAUAGUACAUAGCUUUUGCCUUCACUAUACAUCCAUCAUUUUUAACCAUAUAUUUUUUGAAUAGUACAUUGCCUCUACCUUUAUUAUAUUUACUGUAUAGUACAUUAUCUUUACCGCGUUAUGCUAUACUGUAAUAAUCUUAAAUUUUACUAUCUUCUUUAAUCUACAAUUGAAGCAACUGUAUUCACUAACCCAUAGAACAACAUCCCUAUACUUACACAUGUGAAACUCAUUAAAAACUCAGUAAAAAGGCAUGUUUCGUAAUGUAAUACGACUGUGCACCUCGUACUUGUGAUGUUUAUGUUUCUUUGUUGAACUCGAAUUGCCAAAGUAAUGUUGAUUAUUAGGAACAGCUGAAACUGCAUUUACAACAAAUUGACUUUUACAUUAAUGUGGAAAGUAUUUAAAUACUGCAUAAAUUGAUUAGGUGUAUAUAUACGUGGAAACACGUUAAUGUAUGUAUGUAUUUGUAAAAGUAGAGAAAGUUUUGUUAAUUAAGUUAUAGUACUUUGUAUUUUAUAACUAAAUUAAAAGUUAAAAAAAUAUAAAAUUAUGUUACAGUAGUUAAAAAAUGCUAUACAGUAAGCCAAAACACUUUACAGUAAUACAAAUUUUAUGGUCAGUAGUACUAUAUUUUUUAGCUUUAGUAGUACUGAAAUGACUAAAUCUUGACUUUACAGUACCAACUUUUAAUUUUUGCAGUACUACCGAAUACGUACAGUAAACACAAUUGUAAUAUACGAUUGUCUUCAGCUGUUUCUCUUACUGCUCAAUUUAGUAAUACGAUUUGCAAACAAAGCAUAUGUUACUAUUAUGCGAAUUCACACCAUUAAAUUGUUAUUAAUAUAGCCGGAAAUAUGUGGCCAAGAAACGUUUAAUUAGGGCUGGGAACGUUGCUACAUCGAGGGUGGUUAUGGGUAGAACUACUCCUUUACUUGCAAUCACUAUAUCUUUUAAAGAUCUUACGUAGGUUAUGGGGGGGGGGAGUAGGGUUGGACAUUUACCGGUAAAUUGAUUUUUCGGUAAAAAUUUUACCGGUUUUUACCGGUAAAUUUACCGGAUUAUUAUUUGAUAUUUAAAAACUUUAAAAUGUCAUUAAAACGUGUAAUAAACGUUUUAAAACAACAAAAACAAUAAAAUAGUAAGUAUUUCACUCUUUUACUCUAAAAAACAACUUAUAAGUCCAAUAGCUCUGUCCACUUCUUUUUCCCUACCGGUAUAUGUUAUGUUGACGUAGCUAGUCAUAGAUGAUUGGAUGACCAUUGUCCAGUAGACUCUGCUUGGUUCGAUGGAAUCUUUUGUUUUCCGCAUUUUUGCUCAUACAAUUGCACGACCUGUUCUUGAUCAUUUGAAGAUAUCUUAGUGCAAUUGUUUCGCUAAAUAAUCACACACCUAUACGUAAAGUAUCAAAAAUCAACAAGAAAUCCUAAAAAUCGAAUUUUCCGUCCUUGUGAGUUGUUGGCAGAAGAUGUUGCUACAGUCUUGUAAGGUUACUGACGUAUUUUGCACCACAAUAAUUGCAAAAGUAGUCAUUAUUUGUUCUUUUGUAAUGGUCUGUGAUAUUUUUCAACAUAUUUCGUCAAAAUAUUGCUAAUUUUCCAAAACAAAAACAAAUUUUGAAACAAAAAUAAUUUUCGUGCUAGGACACAAAACACUUUUUUACCGGUAAAAAACCGAAAUUUUCGGUAAAUUACCGGUAAAAUUACCGGUAAAUUUACAUUUACCGGUAAAUGUCUAACCCUAGGGGGGAGUCAUAAAAUAGUGCCAAUACUGACCCCUCUUGCUUACCGAACAUUUAAGUAUUUUGUCGCUUUUAACGGAAAUAAUUAGCGGCGAUUUCGGCGACAUCUAGAUAUUAUAUUAGAGUAGUUAUGUUUAUUGCCGCGUUUUGUUUUCACCGCUGAAAUACGCGCGAUAAAAGGACACGAUUUAAUGACAUUGUGUCAUCAGUUUAUGACUUUGCAAGGUGGGACAUAAUGUCGAUUAUGUAUUUUUAAAUGAACAUAGACGCUACAUAAGAAGCAGCAUUCUCUUUAGGGCGGGGGAAGGGAGGGGGGAUUCUUUGUGUUUACAUGCUAGACUAAGUUGCCAUUAUUCAAUAAAACUGUAAUAUUUACAGUAUUUUCCUAGGUAUUACCAUGAAAUUUAUAAAAACGAUAGACACAUACUUUCUAUCACAACAUGUUAUAUACUAUAACAUAUAACACCAUACUCAAUGCACUUCUACAGUACGAGAUUAGCUACAUAGUAUUAACCUGCAGUUAUUAUUACUUUGUAAUUAGUAAUAUAUUAUACAUAUUGUACUUGCUUUUGGGUCAUUGGGUUUAAGUAGUACAGUAAUUGUUAAUAUUGUCGGCACUUUUUGUUUAUCACAUACCUAAAAGUGCCUUAUUUAAGCGAAUAUUAUCACGAUUAUUCGACUGUGAGAGUAAUUUUUGCAUUGUAAAACACUUUGUGUAUGGUGAGGUUUUGGUGAUCUGCAGUAGGUAUUGUUGGGUAUUGUAGUUAAAGGUAUUUAGUCAAAAGGACGUAGGAGAGACGGAAAAAUAUGAAUUUUUAGGUAAAAAAUCAACAAAAAAAGCUUUGAUAUAACGUACAAUAGAAAUUUUUUUAAAUUUACUAGUGUAAAUACUUUGAAGUUGACUUUUGCUAAAUAGUAAUGUAGUUCUAGACCAUAACAGUUGCUUUUUGUACGUUUUCCUUAAUCUUUGUUGUUAUCUUUUUAACUUACGACAAUGUAUAUGUUUACAUCCAUCAUAGCACUGUCUAUUUUUACAUCUUUUGCUUUUGACAUUCUAAACAUUGAAACCGCUUCUUAACCUCCCACACAAGCUUCUGCUGCCAACGUCAGUCUCUACAGUACCACUUACUUGCACAACAUUUAACAAAGCUGUUGUAAACCUUAUUAUCUCAUGACACAUUAUCUUCCACUCUGUUCGCUCAGAGUAGAUAAUAUUUCUUGCCAUGUUACUUUUUACCAUAACAUGGCUUACUAUGUUUGUCACAGUAGGCCUUGAUACAUUAUUUUUUGUUAUAUUUAGGUAUAUACAUUAUUUUUCAUUAUCUUUCACUCUAUACUUAUCUUUUGUCACAUUACCCAUUGGUGCAUUAGCUUUUACCAAAAUAUCCCCCUCAAUAUCCUGAAAUAACAAUUUAAUGCCAUCUUCAGCCAAUCAACGCCCGACUCCGCCCACUUUUCCCAAACCAACGGCCGCCAAAUUGGGGGCGGGGCAUCGGAGCAAGAAAAAGUAAGUUUAUGACAACAUCACUUUAUGAAUAAAUUGUUUUUGCAUUAUUUUCGGCAUGUUUAUGGUGCAUACUGUAAUUGAGUGUAGCUGGGGGUUAGAAGUUUUCGAAAUUCGGGUUGAUUCGAAGAAAAAUAGGUAACAAGUUGAAGUUUUAAGCUGCUGUUCGAGAUUUAAGUUAAUUUUAACAUUUUAUAGGGGUUUUUAAAGGCUGUAAGGUAGAAGAUUUUUAAUGAUAUUAUUGGUUUUUAUGACCUUUUUUGAUAUUUUUUGAAAUUUUAAAUUUUAAACUCUAUAACAAUACCUAACCCUUCAAACUUCAGAAAUUGCGCAAACGCAGCGGCCUCGACCAUUUACUGGACGAUAAACUGGCCAAACGGCCCAAAAUUGAUCGACCGGUCGAUUUGUCGUCGAAAGAAUCGGAAGACUCGCCCGAUCGUGUGACGUUGGCCGAGAAACUUCAGCCUAAGUUAUCGACCAGUGCCGGCGGUCAAUCCCUGACGGACCUCAUGACCGUCAUGGCCACCAUGUUUCAAGGCGCUGCCGCCAGCUCGGAGAACGCUCAGGAGCCGGCUAGUCCACAGGCGUUUAUGUUCCCGCCCAGUCUGCCUAACAUUACCAGUCCGGCUGAGUUGCAGCAGUUUCAGGUGAGUUGAAAUUUUAAAAUUUGAUAAAAUUUAGAAAAUUUUUAAAAAUGAAUUUUACAUUAUAGUACUCCUUCAAGGCUUUAAUUUUCAACUUAAAAAUGAAAUCUUUUAGGCCUUAUACCUAAACUACUUGAAUACCAUGAUGUCUCCGAUGCGAUUCCCUGGUGCUUCACCGUUUGCCGCUACACCAACUUCAAGUUCAGAUGAUAGUGGUAGGUUUUACUUUAACUUUUACAAUGUUAACAUGACAAAGUGAUGGUAUACUAUGUUUAGUAUUACUAUCCUUAGUUUACGUAUCAUCUUAUAUUAAAAAGGGUACGGUAUAUUGAAUUAUAAUGGUAUGUUUUCUAUAUAUCUUGAAGUAGACGGUACACUUUGUUUUCUGUUAAUCUUACUUUACUUCAUUUUUAAUAGAUUUACUGUAGCUCAGAUAGAAUGUUAAUUCUAUGUAUUUUACAUCACAAUUUCUCAGUAGUAAUCUUUAAACAUCAUAGUAAAUGAAUCGUAUAUUAACCUUGUAGUUUCAUGUAGCAGUACUUACAUUAAAUUGACCUAGUUAGUAUCGUUUGCAAAUUUUUUACUAUUCACCUUGAAUCAUAUUACAAUUUUUUAUAGUAAUUACUGUGGCUAUAUGGAAAAUUACUCUUGCUAUAACAUUUUCUAUAUGAUAUUACUACUUUUGAGCCUUUUGUUAGAGUUUGUAGCUUUGACGUUAUACUACUUUUUGUGUCUUAUAUAUCGCUCUAUUCAUUAUCAGUAAUCAUGCUUGGUAGUGUAGUAAUAGUACACCAAAUUGAGUCAAUUUGUCUUCACAAUACCAUCUAAUAAUUUAUGACAAGCUAACACAACAUCCAUAAGAUAGCUAACACAUUAUUUAGAUAGAUGUCCUAGAUAAUGUAAACUAAUGUUCUACAUAAUGUAACUUAAUAGAUGUUUAUACCACAACAAACUUAGGCAACAAGUCUUACUGUAACUAUUUUCGUUUGACUCGAAUUUCCGCCAAAUCCAGAUAUAAUGGCAGUUAAUUAGGCUACGAUUCAGAUAUUGCGUCGUAUAUCCGAUACGAAUAAAACACAUCUAAUAACGUUUAUUUAAACCGUUUCCGACCCGAAAUUUCGAAAAAGAGAAAAAAUGGAGAAAACUGUGGUGUCAUGUUUUCGUGGUGGGACCCAAACAUAGCAAAAAAGUUGUUUUUAUUGUCAAAACUGAGUUAAACUAUAUUCAAAUCCUUAAAAAAAUUUUAAAAAUUAAAAUUAAAAUUUUUUUUUAUUAAGUUUUAAAAUUUAUGGCCUAUAAUUAUGCGAUAAAACACCCCCAAAUAGCUUCUGUUGUUAAUUUCCCUGAGGCUAUUUACAUAAUUUGUGAGUUCGAAUUUCGUUGGACAUUUUAAUAACCUAAUUAAUUCCAAAAACUUUAAGCCGAUCGUAUUUCGUUCGUAUUAGGGCCCGCAGGCACGAAUAAUUAUGAAAUUGAAUCCAGGAAAUUCGCUCGCAUUUCUGGAAGGAACUUUCUUUACAGCUGUUGCAAUAAACGUAAAGCUUUGAAAACUUUCUUUACAAUAAUGUUUUGUCAAUUUAAAAAAUUUUUUUCAAUUAAAAUUUUGCAAAACUUUGUUUACAAGUCAAUUUUCAAGACAAAGACCAUAUAUUGAGUUAAUUUAUGCAGAAACUUUCUUUACACUUGGACUUUUAAGCAUUCUUAGUAAACGUACAAGCGUACAGUUAUGGUAACGAAUUACUUUACUGUCUCAUUACAUGAAAUUUAAAUAUUAAUUAGUCAAAACAGCUGAAACUGACACUCAAACUUGUUUUAGGGCCAUUAUUCGAGGGAAUUUAAUUGUUUUCUCCAGAUUUUUAGACUUUACAAUCUUACUAUACUAUAUUAUUUAUAGCGCGGGUACGGUACUUCAGGGAUUUUGCAAAUAAUUCUUUCGUGGUGAGACCCAAAAGUUAAAAUGGAUUUUGAAAUAAAAGUAAAAUACAAUUUUGUUCUGGAGUUGGGUACUGAAACAUAGGCUUUUAAGGCUGAUAAAAGGUUAGGAAUGGCAUUGCUUCUUUACAAUAAGCGACAGUGAUAAAAUAUGGCUAUAUUUAUUGUUUUAUAAAACUGACAAAGCUUUUCUACCUUCAGCCAUUGUCUAGUAUAGGUAGGACUAAAUUCGUAGUGACAAGACUAAACAUAAAGCAAAAAGACCUAAAACAAGAUAAGAUUACUGGUCCCGGUCGAAAAGUAGCGGCCAAGAACAAGUGUGCCCUUUGAGAACAUCAGACAACAAACCAUCGGAAAUCACAUAAACGUCGUAUUAUGCAAAUUUGCGCGAAAUUCGAUUCUUAAUUAGGCCGAUAUAAACAAGUGGUCGCGGAAAGAGUGUCCCACUAGGAGAGACACAAUGGAGCCUUUGAUUCUGACACAAACAAUAGAAAAAUUAAAAAUGCAAAGCGUAUUUUAACGACUGCGCGAAAAGCGAGCAAAAUUUUGAAUUUUAAGUUAAUUUAUGGCCUUAAGGAGUUGAAGGGUUACUGUAAAGAUUUGAAAAACUCUACGGAAGUUGAUGGGGUACUGUAUUUCUUGUACAAUAAUAUGUUUAUCUAUAGAUGACAUUUAGAAUUCUACUUUGGCAGCUUAUAUUAGGUUGUUCAAAUAAUUCUGUGCUCCCUUACUUCACCUAAUAUUAAAAAGUUGCUUUGAGAAAGGCACAGAAUUAGUUGAUGAAUCUAAAUAAUUGCUAUGGUAAACUUUAUAUGUACUUUUUUACUUGUCACUUCAUGUUAAAUACCAUUUCAUACCUAAACAUACAUGCACAUUAGUUGACUACUUUGUAGGACUAGGUCAGUUAAUUUACUGUGUUUGUUAUUAUGAAUUUGAGUUAGUUUAUUUUAUUUUGACUCAAAUACGUUCAUUACCAUGCAAUGGCCAUGUCAUUACAGAUUGAGUAGUUGCAAAGUAAAGUAAUGACUUGUGUUACUAUUAUACUAGGAAUUGGUAUGUUCAGGUUAUGUCAUGGUUAACUUAGACUAGGAUUAGAUUUUUGGAUUAAAAAUUGUCUAAAAUUUUAAAAUUUAAUUUUUGAACUUUUAAAAAUAUUUGAAAUGACAAUAUGUAUAUAGAUAGCUUAAUAGUUGACUUUUACAUUGAAAAACUUUCUAAAACCUAUUACAACAUGAGAAGCGCUCACUUUAAUUAUUACAAGCAAUUACUGUUUGAGUAACCUUCAAAUGCUGUAUCCCAUCUGAUCUUCUUUAGUAUAAUAUAAUGUCAGCGCAGUCGGAAGUCGAAAAAUUUGCAUAGACAAGGGGGGGGGGGGGGAAUUAUAAUCAAAAUGGAAUGUUUAGAUAUUCGAUAAACAAACACGACUACUCCCACUGCAUAUGGAACAUUAAUUUCCAAUGUUAUGAGUCGGUUUUGAAACUUAUUCAUGCCGAUUACUGUAGUUUUUUUUGGUUAUGGGGAAGGUAUGGGGAUAUGGGUGGGUAGGAAGGUGAGAAUGGGUGGGAAGGGUAAGUGUUUUAUAAGCUUAGGGGAGGUUUAUUUAGAGGUAAGGGUUGUUUAAUAUUGAUUUUAUAACUGUUUGCUUUUUUUAAAUUUUUAACAUUUUUUACUGUACUUGAUAAAAUACUGUAACAUUUUUAGCAAAAUUAUUACAAGCUUUAUUUAAAACUUAUCUUUGUUUGUGUAUAACAUCACUUUACCGAAACAUUUUUCAGUUUAUUACUUAAACUUUCACCGGGCGUGGGAGGGUGUGGUAUCUUGUAAAAGUUAAAUUUACAUCUGGUUUGCAUUGGUGAUUAACCAUAACUGUAACAUUACUACGAACUCAUGAUAUUACUGUACAUAACAUGUUGAAGAAUACAUUAAACAGUAAUUUAGUUUAAUAAGUUUCGUCUCAAUUUGAUUACUCUUUUUGACAACCUCCAUCAGUUCAUAGACCUCACAACUUCCUACAGUACCUUCCACCUUGACAUUGACCGUCUACUGUGUAUUAACCUCGCCUAUGCUUGACUUUUAUUGAAUUGAGACCGUGUGCUGUUUUUUAAUUUGUUCGCCCGAUUUAUUUUCAAUUCAUUUUGUGCGUGAAAAUCAUUUUUGAUUGGCUAGCUGAAUCAUGCCUCUAGCUGGCGUUUUCCAAUUUCUUUACAUUCCUACUUACUUUCCUGUUCAUGUCAAUUUGGUAUUAGGGGUUUUGUAAUUAUGUGGUUUGGGGGACAUACGAUAAGUAGACAAAGUAUAAGGGGCAUGCGAUUAUAAGUAUAUAUGGAUCUUUGUCUUCAGUAUAUAGGUAUAUAGGGGUCAGUUUGCUUGAUGUGUAGGUACUUAAGGAUCAUUAUGCUUUAUAAUAUACACUGAUAUAUAGAUAUCAGUCUGCCUUAUAUGUAGGUAUGUAAGAAGCAUUAGGCUUAGUAUAUAGAUAUACAAGAGUCAGUAUGUUUUGUAUAUGUAUGUGUGUGUACUUAUAUCAGAACAUAUAAUUUUGAUGACAAAAAUGAAACUUUAGGUAACAACUCUGAGUUUAAAAAGAGAUUUUUACAAUUUUAAAAUUUAAAAUGCUAACGUUACUUUUAAUCAAAACCAUUAUACCCUAAAACAAUAUAACCUGCCCAACCUAAAUGACCUUUCUUACCUCGCCCACCCCUGUAAACCACCUCCUUACCCUCCCGUUGAAUAGUUAAAGCCUUGUGAAUAGAACCGUAUAGAUGGCCGAUUCCCUGCCAUUUGCACAUACAACAAUAGUCAUAUUCCCGUUUUACAAUAUAAUUCCAUUGUUAAGGCUAUAAAGUAAUGAUAUUAACAAUAUUUCGAUUUCAACAUAUUCAACAAGGUGGAAAGGGUUCUGUCCCAAUCCGCUUUACAUUUCGGCAUCGUAUGCUGGAGGAGGAGGGGCAGGGGUGGAUAUGUGGUUGUAGGAUACUUCCUUGUGUUACUGUGAUGUCAUUGUGGUGUGUUGGGUGUAUAUUACAGUCUGAAGUUUGAGUUUUUGGUCGUUUAUACUUGGGUUGGCUAGUAUUAUCUUUCGUCUAACUAUUUUUAAAUUACAGUAACUUUUUUAAAAGUACAGUAAACGUCUUAUAAUUUUUUUUAAAUGACAGUACCUUAUGUAAAGUUACAGUAACUUGUAUAAAAUUACAGUAUCUUGUUUAAAGUUACAGUACACGUUUUAUAAUUAAGCUUUUUUAUUUAAAGUAUAUUUUGUUUAAAAUUACAGUACUCUUUUUCAGCGAGGAUGCUAAACAAUCCGUUCCAACAAGUUCUGGCCAACUUUAUGCCCGGCAGCUUGUCCCCCCCUACAACGGCAGGGUUAUCAGCGACCUCGCCUCACUCCCAGCUGCCAAUGCGGUCUAUGGCCGACAGUAUGAAGCUGUUUGGCUCACACCAUCAGUUGUCGCCCUCUUCAGUACUAAUGAACAAAAAACAAAGUCGACCUACUUUUACUGGGCAGCAAGUAAGUCUUUAGGGUACUGUAGUUUAGUAGUUUUGACAUUUUCGUAAAAUUUAACAGCAAGAAAUGUUCGAAGUUAAAAUCUUUAAGAUUACUGUAAAUAAUCGAUAGUUACUGUUAAAAAAUAUUUUUUGUUUUAAUUGCAGUCUACUCUUUAAAAUUACAGUACUUUUUCUUUCCAGAUCUACGCCCUGGAGCGAAAAUUCGAACAAACAAAGUAUUUGGCAGGGACAGAGCGAGCUGAACUGGCUCGGGAACUGAACAUGAGUGAAAGUCAAGUCAAGGUAAGCUAUAAUAUUACCAAACCCUCUAACUUUUUUGCGAGUUUUAUAUAUUUUUUGACUUACAAUAGCUUUAAUGUUACAGUACAUUUUACUAUAAAAUCUUAUACAUAGAGACUCAGGUAUUAAAAAACUAAAUGCGGUUACCUCUGCGAUCCUCCAUGUAAGGUCAUAAAAUUAUGUUGGGAUUAAUCGAAAAGUAAUCGCGGUUCAAAGCGAAAAGGCGGUAACCAAUCAAAGCGGUCUUGUUUUUAUUACCACGGUAUUAUAACAGGGUCGGAAUUGAUCGAUUAGGUUGGGAAUGUUGUUAUUGCUAAAUACAUACAAGGUUUUACUGUGAAGCUGAGGGUAUAAACAGUUUACUGUAAAUUUGAAGGUAUUGAAGUAAUUGAAAUCAAAUUUUAAAAAAAACUAAGAAAGUUCAAAGAUUUACCCUGCCCAUAACCUUACCCAUGCCACUUGUUUUCAGGUCUGGUUCCAGAACCGACGCACCAAAUGGCGCAAGAAGGAAGCGGCCGACCAUGCCAUGAGCAAGAAGGAGAAGUCGGAAGAGCCCCAGCUCGACUUCUCCGCUCCCCACCAGUCUCCCCCCGCCCUCAGCAGUAUGUUCAACCCAGCCAGCUUUGCGAACGCCAACUUCAACAGUCUGGAGAUGAUGACACAGCUACAGAACAUACUACAACAACAACACAACUUCCCACAGAAGGACUCCCCGGAUUCUGAAUCUCGGGAUCCGUCGGCUAGCCCUCCGGAACUGUAA